AUGAGUGAUCGGUUGUUAAGAUCUAGUUCUUCUGGCGUGUUUAGUACACCGGUUUCAAAACCUCUGGCGAGACCUAAAUCAACAGCUGUUUCAAAUUGCUCACAGAAAAGAGCUAGAACGAGCAUAAAAUCGGAUGAAUGUGGAUUAGAAUGUAAUAUCAAUGUGUAUGUGAGGUGCAGGUCCCGCAAUGAGAGAGAGAUCAAAGAGAAGGCUAAUGUUGUGGUUUCCACACUGGGUAAACAAGGUCGGGAAUUGGUAGUAAUGAACCCUACUAUGUCAAAUCAUAGGACAUAUUCUUUUGAUCAGGUGUUUGGUGCUGAAAGUGACCAGGAGACAGUCUUUGAGAAGGUAGCGAAGUCAUAUUUAUAUGAAAUGAUACGAGGAUACAAUUGCACUCUGUUUGCGUACGGCCAAACAGGCACUGGGAAAACAUAUACCAUGAGUGGUGAUAUUGAGGUGAUGGGCGCAUCAUCUGAAGAUCCUAACCAUGUCCUAUUGAGCGAGAAUGCGGGCAUAAUACCCCGGGUUCUUGUGGAAUUGUUCCAAAUUUUGCAGAAUGAGAGUCAGGACUACUCGGUGAAAGUGUCAUUUCUUGAAUUAUACAACGAAAAGCUACGAGAUUUGUUAGCAGGCGAUAAAGAGCCUUUGCUGGAUGAUUCAGGAGGUAGUAUGUUGAACUCUUCUGAAUCGAUCCGAAUCUUUGACAACCAAAAACCCGACAGAAGAACAUCUAGCUCAUAUGCAAUCACGGUUAAGGGUAUGGAGGAAAUAUAUAUUAGUUCCGCGCAUGAAGGGUUGAAAUUGUUGCUGGAAGGCUCACUCAAGAGAAAGGUUGCAGCUACCAAGUGUAAUGAUGUUUCGUCACGCUCUCACAUUGUUUUCACUAUAACUACGAACGUUACGAAAGUCCACCCUGCUUCUGGCGAAGAAUAUGUGAAGAUCGGGAAGCUAAACCUUGUUGACUUGGCAGGCUCUGAGAAUAUCACCAGGUCAGGAGCGGAAAAUAAGAGGGCCCAAGAAGCUGGCUCGAUUAAUAAAUCAUUGCUUACUUUAGGGCGUGUUAUCAAUGCCUUAGUGGGCCACUCUCAGCACAUUCCAUACCGCGAGUCAAAAUUGACGAGGCUAUUGCAGGACUCAUUAGGUGGGCGUACAAAAACAUGCAUUAUUGCAACCAUUUCACCAGCUAAAACAUGCAUUGAGGAAACUGUAAGUACUUUGGAGUAUGCCACAAGAGCGAGAUCCAUCAAGAACACCCCGCAAGUGAACCAAUUGAUGGCAAAGGAAACUUGUAUUAAUGACUAUAUACGGGAGAUAGAAAGAUUGCGCAAGGACUUGAGGGCUAUUCAAUGUAAAGAGGGCAUUUACAUUACUCAAGAGAAAUACGACAUGUACGAAAGUAACUCUAUUUUAGUUGAUGAACAGAAGGCAAAGAUUGAGAAUCUUCAGGAUCAAAUUAGAAGAUUUAAGGAGAAAUAUUCAGGUCAAGUGAACAUUGUUAAGGAAAAAGAGAUACAAUUAAAGGAACUCACGCUAAUUAACGAAAAGAUUAUGGAAAGCUGCAAGCAGUUAUAUUGCCAAUUUGACCAAUUGAAGACUAAUGUACUAUCAUAUGAUAGAGAAGUUAAAGAUAUACAUGAGAAAAACCUCCAACUUUUGUCGAAUGUAGCUUCAAACAGACAAAAGAUUCAUGAAGCAUUAUUAUCGAAGGUCGGUUUUGUUGAAAAAUCACAAAGUGCCAUAUCAACUGAACUUAAUAGUUUGGGAGCCAUACUAAAUACCUUGCUCUCAUACAAUCAACGAUUCAAAACAGUGAUCGAAGGCGUAUUUGAAGAUCUACGAGAUAGGUUGGCUAUUUUCGAGGAAAUAACUCAAGGAGGAGAGCUAUCAGUUGAUGUGGAUGGCAUUGACGACAAAUUUGGAAAGGUGACGGAUGUUGUCAGGUCCUCUUGUGAAAAUGUACUAGUAAGAAUGGAUGACUACAUAUCCACUCUAAAAUCAAAUAUGUCACUGGCUAAUUCUGAUUUAUCUGGUGGUUUGAAGGAGAACACUGCGAAGCUUGAAUCAAGUGUUCGAGAUUUCGUUACAGAUAUAAAGAAAGAAUUAGAAGACUCUUUACAACAUCUCAUUGAAAAAGUCGUUUCACAAGGCUCUGCAACAUCUGAGCUUGUAAACUCUACUAAACUUGGAUUAAUAUCCCAGAAAACUCAAAUAGAAAAGGAGAUUCAAACGAAAAGUGAAGAAUAUGCCCAAAAAGCAGCAGCAGCACGGAUGGAUAUUUGUAAACUUGUGGAACAGGAGAGGCAAAGAUGCCAGGAGGCGAUGAAAGCGAGCUACGAAUUUCUGUUGGAUAAGAUGAAGGAAUCAGAACUGAGACAGAAGUCAUUUGAAGAAUUGAUUGCUAAUAAGCUUCAGGAACUUGUAGCCAGUGAUGGCCAAACUGCUGUUGAACUGUGCUCAUUUGGGUUGCAUCAACUCAACUCCCAUACAAUGACAAGUAUCAAUAGCUUGGCAAAUACGAUCACAGAGAACAGUUCUUCUUUAACGUCAGAUGUGCAACACUUUAAAGUCCGUAACUCAUCAACCUGUGAUUUUGAUGUUCUCAAAUAUGAAUUUAACAAUUUCAAGGAAAACAUUGCGUCUGCAUCAGGCAAGCAAACCACAAGACUAGAGGCUCUGGUGAAUGAGACUUACAGUUGUUUAAAAAAUGAUCUAGAAAUACACAAAACUGACGUCACAUCUGAGAUAGAUAAAGAGAACAAAGAGACAUGUGCGGUGCUUGAAACGGCAAAUGAUAAUAGCCAAAAACUGGUUCACAGUAUUAAUACGUUGGUUAAUUAUGUUUCUGAGGGUUAUAAAAGUAAUGUCAUGCAAAUCUCACAUACACAGGACGAGAUCUUUGACAACAACAUUAUGUAUAUGAAAAAGAUAGCUGAUAAAAUAGGAGCAGCCAUUACAAUGAGUCCAUCCCUACAGGAUAUCCCACAAAUCCAUGAUGGGCCGCAAAGAGUUAUAAAAAGACUACCUAGUUUUGAUAUUUCUGAGAAUCUUGCUGAAAUAGAAAAUGAAAAUGCUCUAAUAUCUGAAUUACCAUAUGGUGGGGCUGAUAUGCUUAUUGGUGCUCCCAGCAGCUCUCGCGAAAGUAUUAUAAAUUCAUCGCGUGGCGCGCAAUCGCUCAAUGCGAUCACACCUGUUCCACUAUCAGUAAAGCCUUACACGAAUUUGCAAGUGCCCAGGAAUUUGAAUUCGAACAUUAAAACUUUACAAAAUCUUGCUUUGGAGACAGUCAGCAACAGUGGCAGUCAGAUGACGGAAGUGAUUGAUCUCAGUGACGAUGCUACUUCCUGUAGCUGA